AACGCAAAUCAGUCAAUUAAUCUACCUGAUAUCAUAUUUUACGUAUCUCCGAUAUUUGAAAAGACUUUGUAAUGUAUUCAUAUAAUCAUAUACGCAUUUAAAUGCUGGUUUUAAAAAACAAGUUUGAUACGUCAACAAAGGUGUUGAUAUUUUCAUGUGUUAAAGCUGUUUUUGUCACAGAAAGAGUAAAGAUAUUAAGGUAUCCGAUCAACCAUGAAGCAAAUUCUAUACAUCAUGUAUAACAGUGCUAUUCAGAUAUAUAAAAAAUGGAUGCCUGGUAAUGACCAACCCGGGGAUCUAUACACAGACAAAAAUACCGGUUACGGGGUAGAUGCGCCCCUGACGUAUCAAUCAGGACCAAAGCAAACUGGUUGUGGUCUAUCACAACAACCUGGAUAUCCACUACAGCAACCUGGAUAUGUCCAGUUGCCCUACACCAACACCAGCACAACCGUGGUUGUUAAUCAACCUCAGACAGGGAAGGUGAUCAUUAAGGCACGCCACAAAGAUUACCUGUCGGCGUCAAUAUUUGCAUGUCUUUGCUGCUUCUGGCCAACAGGCAUUUGUGCUAUCUACUAUGCAAACGAGGCUAACAAUCUUGCGGGUGUUGGUGAUUACGAGGGAUCGAGAAGAAUGUCAGACAACGCCCGGAAGUUAGUGAUUACGAGUGUGAUCCUGGGAAUUAUUGCGAUCACUCUUUCGGUGGUGCUACGCAUUGUCUUGUUCAAGAACAAGUGCGAGUACUAGACAGAGAUGCAGGCUAUUUCGUCGUAGACCAUUCACAGAAUGAUGCUAACUUUUAACAGAAAAAUUUUCAUAUGAAGGAUGAAUAAACAUUGUUUGUACGUGUAUAUAGCAUUACAAAUUGUUUUGUAAUACUGAUACUGCUUUUCACCAUACUAGAGUUAUAUAGUUACAAAGGACAUUAUCAAAUCAAUCAAAGUAUUGCCAGUUUUUCGACUCCGUUCAAACAUAGCUCCGACUUAUGGUAAAGUUUUCAUAUAUGAAAGGGUUUCAAACAGUCGAACGCUCUGUCAUUAGACAACUCUUUUAGUUAUAGUGGAAACGAAGCGCAGCUAAGGAAAAAGGGUCAGCAUUCCCCGCAUAUUGCAGCAACAUAUAUACAUACAUGUAAAUGUGUCACAAGGACCCUGCGAUUUCAGUCGGUAGGUUGGUCGGUAUGUCUGCUGCCCGGUCGACCAUUCGGUUUCCGAUGAAGAAGUACAGACCGCCGACACUUUGUAGGAUAAUCGAAUGUGGUCAGAAAAUCCCUAUUGUUUUGGGGGUCAGAAUGUUAAAGGUUGAGGCUAUAGUGACCUUGAGAGGUUGAGGCUAUAGUGACCUUGAGACUUAAAACUGUUACCGCUGUUGAACCGGAUGACACUUGGGCCUUAAUUGGUCAAACAUCGAAGGAUGAUCGCCUAUGGUCAGUAAAUGACCACUGUUUUGAAGGUCAGUAGGACACGGACUUUGGCUUGAGGCUGAAGAUGGCCUCCGCUGAAAGAGCCUGAUAUGGCCUUUGGUUGUCAAACUGCUUUAUAUGAUUGCCUUUGUUUAGCCCUUACCCUGCUUAAUUUCUAUAUUGAACUUGUCCAUUUUUCAAUUUGGACAGAAGCAUUAACUGUUAAAUGUGGUGCUUACCAAAAAGAUACCGACUGAAUGGCGAACAGUGCAGAUCAUGAUCAAACUACACGGAUGUGCAGGCUGAUCAUGAUCUACACUGGUCGCAAAGGCAAUAUCAUUCGUGUUAAGCAAGGUAAGGGUUAGUAGAUGACCUCGGUUGGUUUAGAAAUCAGUAGGACAGAGAUCGCGAUCGCAAAGAACUUUUUCGCUAACUAACUGGAGAACGGUUUAGCCUACAGUGAUCAAACAGCAUGAGGUGAUUUCCAAUGGUCAACAGAUUAUCCCGUUAAAUAUGGGUUAGUAGGCAAACAAUCAUGAUUGUAGUGAACUUGAGACAGAAAAAAUGCAGAAGGUUCGCAAAUAGAGAUUAUACUGUGUAUAAUGCCAAUUAGGCAUUUCAGCAAACUAAACUAAAAACGAUUUUACAACAAAUAUUCGAAGAAGUUGCUUUAAAUCUCGUCAUGAGGUUUGUUUUUCGUCGAUGUAUGCACUCAGCUGGAAUUGGAUCUUCCGUUUCCUGAAAUCUAACAAUGCAAGUUUAGCAAAAUAGAAUGGAACAAAGCAGGAAAGCGUUUUGAAUACAAUAGAGGAAAAAGCAAAACUAAUUCACAAGUGUUUUAAUAUAUGCUAAAAGAAACCCGAGAUUUUGUUUCUUUCCUACGCUCGACCAAUAAAAACGGACAACCUGUUAAUUUAAAAUUAAAACAAAUUUCCUCCUUUGCCCCAUUACAAACUUUUUUUUUCAAUUUUGAAUGGAAAAGUAAAAAAAACAACUAAAUGUUAUGUGUUUCGAUUAUGUGUAAUCAGUCAGUAAAUAAGUUUCAAAGCCUUCUUAAGAAAUAUCUAAAUAAUUUCAUGACUUUAAAUUCAAUACAAUUUUGUUUGCGUGAACAAAAGUGAUACAAACAACAACAACAACAAAAAUACACCCUCCCACG